CAGUUUAUGAUGACCUGAUAACCGAUAAUUUCCAAUACUAUCUAAACAAAUGGAAACACGUGUACGACAGGGGCUCCGGUAGUCCUAUAAGAAGUCGGGUUCAGACAGUAGACGAUAUGCUGGCCAUACAUAACCGUUUCGAGCGUACCGUACGCUAUCUGAUGGCACCGUCGGCUACCAGUCGACUACGGUUCAGGGCAUUGAAAUUGUUCGGUACGUUUGCCCUGGCCCUGGGCCAGCAACUAUCGCCCGACUGUUUGGUCAGCAUAUUGAAAAUAGUCUAUUCGAUGGGUAGGGGCGAACAGUGGGCUCUGAAGUUUGCCGACUCGGCCGGCCGUCCCGUUGAUCCGGGACUACUCGAAGGUCUGACAUCGAGUUUCGGCGAUUACACCGAAUGUCUAUCGAUUGUUAGUCCAGAAUCUAUGUUCAUACCCGAGAUUGUUGGCCAGUAUUGUCUGGUCAAACCAUUGAUGCCCUAUCCGUCUAUGGAUUCGCUGGGCAUGAAUCUAACCGAUCCGAAACUAAUGGCCCGCAACCGAUUUGCACGACUAAUGGACGGCUACCGGUUACCACAUUUGCAAACAGUCAGGGCAUUUGUCGAGGCCAUGAAUGUCGGUAAGGGUGCACUGUUCAGGUACGGCCUAUGCAUACCUGGCCAGUGUAGUGCCCAGGAGAUUGAAAAGUUGAUUAAUAAAAUACAAUUUCCCAUAACACAUAUACCGCUAGAAGUGGGACCCGAGUGUCAGGUCAAGGGUCAGCAUAGGUCACUGGACGGACAUCAAACUGUGGCUAUCCUAAUACUAGGACUGUUGGCUAUACUAGCCAUAUCAAGUACAUGCUAUGAUUAUAUAACAACUGUUAGCAACCAAAACUACCAGUCCACCAACCAUCAGACUGUCCAUCGAUGUUCAGAUGAAUGGUUAACUAGUUUUUCAUUGAUAAAAAACACCCGUUCCCUGUACUCGGUUGAUGGUAGUAGUAGUAGUAAUACUACUAAUAAUAAUAGUAGCAAAUAUGCCUCACUGGAUACCAUCAGAUUGUUGCUCAUACUGGCCGUCCAUAUGGCCCAUGCCUUCCAGUAUACGACAUCACUGGGUAUUAUUGCACUGAAAAAACUAUACUCCCGAGUGUUUCCCGCAAUAUUUGAGGACAAGGAGUAUAUGUUUAGUCGAAAUUAUUUGGUCAUCGAUUCGUUGAUAACUUUGAGCGGAUUUUUACUAUCGUAUAGCGUCUAUAGUAAACUACAAAAAAAUAAUGGCCGACUAAAUUAUCUGACAUUUAUAUUGAAACGUUGGCUACGCUUUGCAACCCUAAUGUUUGGCUCUGUCCUAUUUAUCUAUCUGUUCCCGUUGACCGGUUCGGGUCCCAUAUGGCAUAUAGGGGUCGGUUGGGUGACCACUGGCUGCCAAAACAGUCAAAACUUGUGGAAAAUGCUGUUUUUUGUCCAUAAUUUCAGGGAUGAACACUUGGAACGGCUAUCCAUAGCUAACUCUAAAUGCAAUCCGCCCAGUUGGUUUUUAGGUGUCCUAAUGCAACUAACCCUAGCCGGUCCUCUAGUUGUAUUGUUAGUCUAUCGUAGCCGAAAAUAUGGUACCCUAGCACUGGUAGUAUUGCUAGCUAUCGGGUUGUUUGCCAGUAUCGGGCCCUACCUAUUGUUUAACAUCCGACCCUAUUUGCAGCUCUGGGAUCUGGAUGCCAUUAUCUAUACUGUAUCCAAAUCGUUUACCUGGUACAAUUUUACGGCCAACAAUUUCAUAACUGCCUUUACGGUAGGCAUAGGCUAUGGAUUAUUGUUGAAUAGUAGUAGUAGUAGACAUAAAAAAUCAAUUAGUAAACUUGCAACCCUACUACUCAAUUGGCUAUCCCUGGCCACUUGCUUAGCCGUUUAUUUCUAUAAUAUUACAUUCUGGCACCUGGAUCAUUCGGCACCGUUAGUCAAUAUACUUCUAUGGCUAACCAUUGGUAAACUAUUCUAUUGUCUUGGAUUUGGUUGGCUAUGUUUUGCAUUGUGCACCGGUAGGGCAGAAUUGCUAAACAAAAUAUUAUCAUGGUACAUUUUACGGCCAAUUGCUAGACUAUCGUUUGGUAUCUAUAUAUUACACUAUUUGGUUAUUAUGAACCGUAUAUUUACCAAUCAUUAUACCUAUAAUAUGACCGAUAAAUAUAUGUAUGAACAUUUUAUUGUCGACCUAAUCUAUGAUAUACUAUUGGCUUAUGUAUUCUAUAUGAUUAUUGAAUGUCCAUUGACUAACAUAACGGAGCUAUUGUUUGGUGGUGGCUGCCGGUGCAGCUACAGGAGCCGCCGCCAAAUUGAUCAUGAUCAAUUGCCAUUAUUAUUAUUUUUUUAA